CUCUGGUGGGCUAGCUGGAUAUCUUAGAUAGAGAGAUCAUACGACGGGCCGCAGAAACAGAUGUGUUGUAGUACUAGUGCAGUGCAAGGGUUGAAGCCAGUGAUGAUGAUGCUGGUGGUUCAGACGGCAUAUGUAGGGAUGAAUAUAUUUUACAAACUAGUAGCAGAGGUUGGAACGAAUUUCACCAUCCUUAUUGCCUACCGUAACCUGUUUUCUGCAGCCCUAAUGCUUCCUCUUGCUCUUACAUUUGAAAGGAAGAGCAGACCCAAACUUACAUUAGAUAUCCUUGUUCAUGGUUUUAUCUCCGGAUUAUUGGGGGCAACAUUGACACAAAACUUUUACAUAGAGAGCUUAGCCUUAACAUCAGCAACGUAUGUUGUAGCCUGCAGCAAUCUUGUUCCAGUCAUCACCUUCAUUAUAGCACUAUGUUUUAGAAUUGAGAGGUUAGCACUUGGGACACAUACAGGUAGGGCAAAAGUUGUGGGGACACUCUUGUGUAUAGGAGGGACAAUGCUCUUCACCUUCUACAAAGGCAAACAUAUUGGCAUCUGGUCAACACACGUUAAUCUUUUACGUAACUAUUCACAUGAAAACAGUCGCGUUGCUUCAUUGCACAGACACACUCGCACUCAAUCGUUGGGCUCCUUCUUGGCACUUUGCAGUAGCACCUCCUUUGCAUCCUGGUUGAUAUUUCAGACGAAAAUGACUAAGAAAUACCCUUGCCAAUACUCAAGUACGGCUCUGAUGUCUGUCAUGGCAUCAAUCCAGUCUGUGGCUUUUGCCCUUUGCAAGGAGAGGGAUUGGAGUCAGUGGAAGUUGGGCUGGGAUAUCAAACUUUUUACUGCUGUGUAUUCGGGAGUCGUUACUACUGGAUUGGUACUGACUCUAACCGCAUGGUGUGUACGAAUGCGAGGGCCACUGUUUGUGUCAAUUUUCAACCCACUUGGCCUUUUGCUGAUAGCCCUAGCAGCGACCUUCUUGUUAAAUGAAAAGUUAUAUUUAGGAAGCAUAUUAGGAGGGAUUCUAAUUGUGUGUGGAUUAUACAUGGUGCUGUGGGGUAAAAGCAAGGAGAUGAAAAUGAUGACUCAACAGACACAACAGCCACCGCUUGAAGAUCAGUCCCAUUCCAUUGACAUGGCAGCAUCUCCAGUUAACAGUGCUGCUAUUUGCGAUAUCGCUGCUCCAUCGAUCUCAACUCCUCCGAUAAACAGACUCAAGGGAAACAUUGAGCAUGAACUAGUUACAAAAUAA